UACCAACAGUUGCAUAUGGCUAAAGUUGUUUUCUUUCCAAGAGAAUGAUGCAUAUCAUUUCUCAAUCCUUCAGCUCUUCAUCACUUCACCAUUGUACACUAAAACUUUUCUCCAAAACCAUUUCUUCUUCUUCUAAAUUACCCCAUUACAAAAGCAAAUCCCAAUUCAAAUGGAGGACAAAUCAUGUUUUUGUACAAACCAAUCCACUACUUUCUCUUUUAGAAACCAAAUGCAAAUACAUGAACCAACUCAAACAAAUCCACUCACAAAUGAUUCUCACAGGCAUAUUCUCAAAUGGGUUUGCUUCAAGUCGUUUAAUAGCCUUUUGUGCACUUUCAGAAAAGGGUAAUCUUGAUUAUUGUAAAAAAAUAUUGUAUAAUAUGGAAAACCCAAAUACAUUUUCUUGGAAUAUAGCUAUAAGGGGUUGUUGUGAAAGUGAAACCCCAAUCGAUGCAUUCUUUUUGUAUAAACAAAUGCUUAUGACAGUAGAGAAUGAAUUUAGUUGUUUGAAGCCUGAUAAUCAUACUUUUCCUUUGUUGUUUAAGAUAUGUUCUAGAUUGGGUUUGUAUUAUAUGGGUCAAGAGAUUCUUGUACAUGUUUUGAGGAUUGGUUAUGAUGGAGAUGUGUUUGUGCAUAAUGCAGUGAUUCAUUUUUUGGUUUCUUGUGGAUUCUUGGAGGAUGCAUAUAAGGUGUUUGAUGAUAGUUCUGUGAGGGACCUAGUUUCUUGGAAUUCAAUGAUUAAUGGUUAUGUUAGGAGUGGGAGAUCGAGGGAAGCGUUGAUGGUAUUUGAGAAGAUGAAAAUUGAGUCUGUGGAGCCUGAUGAAGUUACUAUCAUUGGGAUGGUAGGGGCAUGCGCUCAGCUUGAGGAUUUGGAGCUUGGGAGGAAGUUACAUAGAUACUUUAGGGACAAGUGUUUAUAUUUUAGCAUACCACUUUGCAAUGCACUCAUGGACAUGUAUAUGAAGAAUGGGAGUCUAAAUGAAGCAAAGGCUUUGUUUGAUAGGAUGGAUGAGAGGACUGUGGUAAGUUGGACUAUAAUGAUUAGCGGGUUUGCUAAAUUUGGGUGUUUGGAUGAAGCGAGGAGGGUUUUCAAUGAGAUGCCGGAGAAAGAUAUUGUACAGUGGAAUGCCUUGAUUGGAGGUUAUGUCCAAGCUAAGCGCAGUAAAGAGGCAUUGGUUUUGUUUCAGGAAAUGCAAACGAUGAAUAUAAAACCCGAUGAAGUUACAAUGGUUAGUUGUCUAUCAGCUUGUGCACAACUUGGAGCACUUGAUAUUGGGAUUUGGCUCCACCACUACAUCAAAAAACAUAAGCUUUGUUUAACUGUUUCUCUGGGAACUGCACUUGUUGAUAUGUAUGCCAAAUGUGGUAACAUCGAAAAAACGCUUCAGGUUUUUCAUGAGAUGCCCAUCAGAAACUCAUUGACUUGGACAGCUGCAAUUGGUGCCUUGGCGCAUCAUGGAAAUGGACAUGAUGCUCUAUCAUAUUUUUUGAAGAUGGUUGACAGUGGCCUGAGACCAGAUGAUGUCACAUUUCUUGGGGUCUUGUCAGCUUGUUGUCAUGGAGGUUUUGUUGAAGAAGGGCGAAAGUUUUUUGCUCAAAUGAGCAAAAAGUUCAAAAUUCCCCCUAAAUCUAAACAUUACUCUUGCAUAGUAGACCUUUUGGGCAGGGCAGGGCUCCUGGAAGAAGCUUAUGAGCUAGUCCGCGGGGUGCCAAAUGAGGCUGAUGCUUCAGUAUGGGGAGCAUUGUUUUUUGCUUGUCGAGUUCAUAGGAACAUUGAGAUGGGGGAAAAGGCAGCUCUGAAACUUCUUGAAUUGGAUCCUGGUGAUAGUGGAACUUAUGUCUUACUUGCUAACAUGUAUGUUGAAGCAAAUAUGCAACAUAAGGCACGAGAUGUGAGGAAGAUGAUGGGUGAAAGGGGAUUAGAAAAGACACCUGGUUGCAGCUCCGUUGAAGUAAAUGGAAAUAUUUUUGAGUUUAUUGUUACAGACAAGACGCAUCCUCAGUCCGAUCAGAUUUAUGAAUGUUUGAUUCAGUUAACAAGACACAUGGAAAUAGUUGAAUAUUUUCCAUAUAUCAGAUAUGACCUGUUAUGUGAUUCUGAUGUUUACAGUGCAAUGCAAGAAAAUCUGGUUUGUCAGUCACCAAACCUACGUAGACAACAAAAGGACUUGGUCCUGCUAAAGAUGUUCCAAUGAUUAGGAGGGCAGGAGUUGAGUUGCAAUCUUAAGGCCACGGGAACGACUUAACCCACUCCUCUGUUCUACUGAGACAGGAGAGCAGUUUGCUGGCUCUGGGUGAAGGAUGAUGAAUUGAGCUAAAAUGUUUCAUGAGUGAAAACACAAGUGGUUGAGACACAUUUUUUUGACAAUCGAAGAGACUAUAUAUGGCUAUAGUGCUCAAGCUUAACUAGCCUGCGCAAACACAAGUGGUGGAGCCACAUUCAAGCAAGGGAGGUUUUAUAUUAUCCCUCUUGCUUAAUUUGUUUUACUUAUUAUACACAUAUAUUAUAAGUAAAACAUAAAGAAAUAUGUGAUAACUAUAAGAGUUGAAUUCCUUUACUUGAAACAGAAACUUGGUAUAAUCUAUAUUUAU